AUGAAUGGUGUUAAUGUUCCCCAAGGGUCUUCAUCUAGUAACCCUUAUGUGCCACCUCAUAAGAAUAAUCUUGAGGAUACUUUACAAACUUUUAUGCAGGGACAGACACAGAUAAAUCAGAAUGCUAUUAAGACUUUAUAUGAGAUGAAAACUAGCAUAGUUAGAAUUGAAUCACGUCUUAAUGUUAGGGAGAAAGAGACAUUUCCUGCCCAAACUCAACCUAACCCCAAAUGCACAUUUGAAGUUAAAAAUUCUAACUUGGAGCAAGUUAAUGCUGUCACGACUCUUAGAAGUGGUAAGGUGAUAGAGACUCCAAUGAAGGUAAACGAACCUGAGAAGUCUCCAAAACCCAAGGGCGCUGACUGUCACAGUGAUACUGGAAAUGAAAAUUCUGAUGUUGAUAAGAAAAUGCAUGCUCCAUUUCUUCAUUGUUUGUUAUCUACUAAACCAUUGGAUGAUAAUAAGGAUAUUCUUGAUGUUUUUCAGCAGGUGAAGAUCAACAUACCUCUCUUGAGUGUGAUUAAUCAAUUUUCAUACUACGCCAAGUUCUUGAAGUAUCUUUGCACGGUCAAGAGGAAGCACAAUGUGCAGAAAAAGGCAUUUCUCACGGAACAAGUAAGUUCUAUUCUUAAACACAACACUCCUCCCAAAUAUAAAGAUACGGGAUUCCCUACUAUUUCUUGUAUAAUAGGGAAUUUCAUGAUCAAACAAGCACUUCUGGAUUUGGGAUCUAGUGUAAACCUCCUACCGUUCUCGGUUUAUGAGCAGUUGGGCUAA